AUGCCUUCCAGAAUCUCUUCAUGUGUGAUCGGUAUCGACGUUGGGGGAACCAAUACAGAUGCAGUGAUUUUACAAAAUGAAAAUGUUUUGGCAUGGCAUAAAACACCAACAACACCAGAUAUUCAAGAUGGUGUUGAACAAGCAAUUGCCGCUGUGAUAAAAAGUGCUCGGAUCUCCAAAGAUAGCAUAGAUUUCAUCAAGAUUGGGACGACGCAAUUUGUGAAUGCCGUCCUCGAACAGAAUGCCACCAAAUUAGACAAAGUAGCCGUUAUUCGAUUAUGUGGUCCUUAUUCAAGGGGCUCACCACCAUUUGUUGGAUUCCCUGAUUCUUUAAGGAUGUUGAUGGAAGGUCACUAUGGUUAUGUUGAUGGGGGUCUACAAGUCGACGGGACUCCAAUCUCUGAGGUAAAUAUUGAACAACUUCGAGAACAAGCUUCAGUUAUCAGAUCAAAAUCAAUAUCAAGUGUUGUAGUGAUUGGGAUAUACUCUCCAUCCAAUCGAUCCCAAGAAGAAUUCGCCCGACAAUUCCUUUCCGAGGAAUUAGGGCCAGAUUAUGAUAUCUCAUGUUCACACACUAUUGGACGAAUAGGAUUUCUUGAGCGCGAAAACGCCAGCAUCUUGAAUGCAAGUUUGAGACGAUUUGCCCGCCAUGUCAUUGUCGGUUUUGCCCACGCGGUGCACGACCUUAAGAAUGCGAGCCUCUACAUUACGUUAAACGAUGGAACUUUAAGUAAAGCAUCAAUAGCUGCGGAGCAUCCAGUCCGAUGUUUCUCUUCUGGCCCGACCAAUAGUGCAAGAGGUGCUGCACUUCUUGCUAAGAAUGAGUCGAUGGAUCUUGACGGUGAUAGUGAAGUUCUAGUAGUGGAUGUUGGAGGUACUACCACUGAUAUAUGUGCUCUUCUGAAAUCCGGUUACCCCAGGCAAUCUGCCGCCUUUGUCAAAAUUGCAGGGGUUCGGACCAAUUUCACAAUUCCUGAUGUCUAUAGUAUCGCCUUGGGUGGUGGAUCAUUAAUACGUACUACGGAAUCGGGGAAAACUACGGUCGGUCCAGAUUCGGUUGGACCGAGACUAGAAAAGGAGAGUAUUGCAUUUGGUGGACAAACUUUGACGGCUACCGAUCUUGUAUUGUCAAACGAGAGAACCGAAACUAUCCCCGAUGAACUUAAAGCUGGUGGACAUUCGGAAAUCCUGCGAGCUUUGGAAGAUGCGAUUGACCAAGUCAAAGCAAAACAAGGUUAUGCUAGAGUUAUCCUUGUGGGUGGAGGUAGCAUUAUUGUUGGAGAGGAUAUCGCUGGAGUGGGAGAGGUGAUCCGGCCCAAAUACCUUGAAGUUGCAAACGCAGUUGGAGCUGCUAUCGGCAAGAUUAGUGGACAUGUUGAUACUGUCGUUACCCCUGGAGAAAAGACAAUAGAAGAAGAGAUUCAAGAGGCAAAAUUGAUCGCGAUCCAAAGAUGCGUUGCUGCAGGCGGCGACGCUAGAACCAUCGAAGUUGUUGAAGUCGAUACACUACCUAUCAGUUACGUCACAAACGGUUCCACACAACUGGUCGUUCGAGUCGUUGGCGAUUUAUUAAAUACUGGGAAAAAGGUUCGCGACUUUAAUACUUUCUCAGUAUCGAAAUCGACUUUCAAACCUCGAAGAGCAGAUUCCGGAUAUAGCGCAAGUGGCUUGGAUAGUCCUGUUGAUGCAAAGGCCUCAACUUACGAUAUCUUUGAACACAUUGAUCUAGAAUCUUAUCGUCCACGGAUCGAGGGUGAUAUAUGGCACCUUUCGGAAAUUGAUCUCAAUUUUCUUAUGGAUGGCACAGGGGUAUUAGCCGUGGGAAGUUGCGGCGAACCAUAUCCGAGUUACAUUGCUUGUUUGAUUGCAUUGGAGAAUGGUGACGGACUGAGGAUUAGGAGACAAGAUACUAUUCCUGAUGAUGCAGUGAUUAUGACGGCAGGAUUUAUGGGCUCACCAACUGUCUAUCUGGAACGUAUACCCGGCCUGAACGAGAUCACCGAUACAAUAAAAGCCCUCAUGUUAGCCACUGGUCAUACCUCAUUCGACGCAACAAUACCUAACGAAAUUGGUGGCAUGAAUUCCUUUGAAGCCCUUCUAGCUGCGCAUCGCUUCGGAAAACCUACCCUCGACAGCGAUUGUGUGGCACGAGCAUAUCCUAUGGUUUGGCAGACCGUGAGAUGUCUGAAAGGUGUUCCAGUCACUCCAGCUGCUAUUGCCAAUGGAUGCGGAGGGACCGAAGUCUUCGCUACCUCAGAGAGUCCCGAAGAAGCAGAACUUCUUAUGCGUGAUGCAUGCACAAAACAAGGUUCAUUGUCCGGAAUGGUGGUCAAACCAAUAUUUGGAAAAGAAGCCAGAACACUUCCUUCCAAUAGUUAUUCAUGGGCGUGGCAAAUUGGUCGCUCGAUAGCAAUCGCCCGUUCUAAAAAAACCGAUCCAGUCAACGCCAUCCUACAAUCACAAAACGGAACAUUACUAUUCACCGGUAAGGUGGUGAGUGUUACGAGAAAGGUAGCGGAAGGUUUCACUAGAGGAAGUGUCUUGCUAGAUCAAGUUGCUGGCCCUACAUUAACCACGGCUACUCGUGAUGAGCCUACAUCAUCACUGUAUGUAGAAUUCGAAAACGAAAACCUUUGCGCCAUUAUGAAGACACCAGGGAAAGAAGACGUCGUUUUGGCAGUUUGUCCGGAUUUGAUCGUCUUCCUCGACAUAGCAAACGGUGCACCACUUGGAAUAUCAGAUUAUAAAUAUGGACUCAGGGUUAGUGUUAUCGCGCUAAAAGCACCCGAGGUCUGGACUACCGAGAAGGGGUUGGAGAUGGGAGGGCCAAGAGCUUUCGGUUUGGAUAUAGAUUACGUUGGCGUAUGUGCGGAAAGCGAGUAUGAGGCCCCGAAAAGUGUUUGGGAACUCUUUGGUAAUGAGGGGGAGAGCAAACUUUAA